CCGCACAACUUGGCACAUGUUACUAGAAGUAUUAUAAAAGGAGAACUAGUCUCACCAGCACAAACUUCCAUCAAUCUGGCAAGAAAUACACAAUGGCAAUUGUUAUAUGAUCGAUAUUUUGUGUGUGUUCGUUGUAGCUGAUAUAGUGUGUUUAGUUGAUAGAGAAUAAAAAUGGCGGAUCAGAAGGGAACCGUCAGCUUGGAUGAUAUCAAGAGUCUGGAGAACGUCGAUCUCGAAACAAUAGCAGUGGAUGAUGUAUUUAGGAUAUUGGUAAGUUCCAAGGAGGGCUUGGCACAAGCGGAAGCAGAGAGAAGGCUGCAAGUCUUUGGCCCAAACAAACUUGAGGAGAAAAAGGAAAACAAGAUCUUAAAAUUUUUGGGUUUCAUGUGGAAUCCCUUGUCAUGGGUCAUGGAAAUUGCAGCUAUCAUUGCUAUUGUAUUGGCAAAUGGACAGGGUAGGCCUCCAGAUUGGCAAGAUUUCCUUGGAAUUCUGAUAUUGCUUGUCAUCAACUCCACCGUCAGCUUCAUCGAAGAAAACAAUGCAGGCAACGCUGCAGCAGCCUUGAUGGCAGGCCUUGCACCCAAGACAAAGGUAUUGAGAAACGGUAGCUGGAUGGAGAUGGAUGCAGCAAUGCUAGUACCAGGGGAUGUGAUAAGUAUUAAGUUGGGUGAUAUCAUACCGGCUGAUGCUCGUCUCCUUGAUGGAGAUCCCCUCAAGAUUGAUCAAUCUGCUCUCACAGGUGAGUCAUUACCUGUGACAAAGCACCCGGGCGAGGGAGUGUACUCCGGUUCCACUUGUAAACAAGGUGAAAUUGAGGCUGUUGUCAUUGCAACUGGAAUCAGCACCUUUUUUGGAAAAGCUGCACAUCUUGUUGAUAGUACAAAUAAUGUUGGCCACUUCCAGAAGGUGUUGACAGCAAUCGGGAACUUCUGCAUUUGCUCCAUUCUAGUUGGAAUCGUGAUAGAAAUACUGGUGAUGUACCCAAUUCAGCACAGAAAGUACAGAGAUGGAAUUGAUAAUCUUCUUGUUCUUCUCAUUGGAGGAAUUCCAAUAGCCAUGCCUACUGUAUUAUCAGUCACUAUGGCAAUUGGAUCCCACAAGUUGUCACAACAAGGUGCCAUCACAAAGAGGAUGACUGCUAUAGAAGAGAUGGCUGGAAUGGAUGUCCUUUGUAGUGACAAGACAGGAACUCUUACACUAAACAAGCUUGAAGUAGACAAAAAUUUAAUCGAGGUCUUUGCAAAGGAUAUUGACCAAGAUACUGUUAUUCUUCUUGGGGCCAGAGCUUCAAGGGUCGAAAACCAGGAUGCAAUUGAUGCUUGCAUCGUCGGAAUGCUGGCAGAUGCCAAAGAGGCUAGAGCUGGAAUCCAAGAAGUGCAUUUCCUGCCUUUCAACCCUGUCGAUAAGCGAACCGCUAUUACUUACAUAGAUUCCAAUGGAAACUGGCAUAGGGUUAGCAAAGGUGCACCUGAACAGAUCGUUGAUCUUUGUGGCCUAAACGAGGAUGUAAGGAAGAGAGUUCACUCCAUCAUUGACAAGUUUGCUGAGCGUGGUCUUCGGUCUCUUGCAGUGGCUCAACAGACAGUACCAGAGAAGACAAAGGAAAGUCCAGGAGGGCCUUGGGUCUUUGUAGGGCUCUUGCCUCUUUUUGACCCUCCAAGGCAUGAUAGUGCAGAGACAAUUAGGCGUGCCCUUGUCCUUGGUGUCAAUGUAAAAAUGAUAACUGGUGAUCAGCUUGCCAUAGCCAAGGAGACUGGUCGUAGGCUUGGAAUGGGAACAAACAUGUAUCCUUCCUCCUCCCUCCUGGGGCAACACAAGGAUGAAAAUACUGCUAAUCUACCUGUGGAGGAACUCAUUGAAACGGCUGAUGGCUUUGCUGGUGUCUUUCCAGAGCACAAAUAUGAGAUCGUGAAGAAGCUCCAAGAAAGAAAGCACAUUUGUGGUAUGACAGGAGAUGGUGUAAAUGACGCCCCUGCUCUGAAGAAAGCAGAUAUAGGCAUAGCUGUGGCUGACGCUACUGAUGCUGCCCGUAGUGCAUCUGACAUAGUUCUCACCGAGCCAGGAUUAAGUGUGAUAGUGAGUGCUGUCUUGACGAGCCGAGCCAUAUUCCAGAGGAUGAAGAAUUAUACCAUUUAUGCUGUUUCUAUAACCAUCCGAAUCGUGCUAGGCUUCAUGCUCAUUGCACUAAUCUGGAAGUUUGAUUUCUCACCUUUCAUGGUUCUUAUCAUUGCCAUUCUCAAUGAUGGAACCAUCAUGACCAUAUCUAAAGACAAGGUGAAGCCUUCACCCAUGCCUGACUCAUGGAAACUGAGAGAAAUCUUUGCUACUGGCAUAGUUCUUGGCACUUACCUAGCCGUGAUGACUGUUAUCUUCUUUUGGGCUGCUCACCAGUCAAAUUUCUUCAGUGUAAGUAAUUUGUGCACUACUACAUUAACAAACAAUAUAACUGAAAUGUUAGUACUAUUCGCUUACUUUGGUAAAAACGCCCUCCUUCAACUUUGGGUGCUGUAUUUGCAGGAUAAGUUUGGUGUAAGAUCGAUUAGAGACAAUGUACACGAGCUCAAUGCGGCUCUGUAUCUUCAAGUCAGCAUCGUUAGUCAGGCGCUCAUUUUUGUAACUAGGUCAAGGAGUUGGUCUUACGUGGAACGACCUGGUCUUCUUCUGCUAGCUGCUUUUGCUAUAGCACAGCUAGUUGCCACCUUAAUUGCAGUAUAUGCAAAUUGGGGUUUUGCUAGGAUCCAUGGUAUUGGUUGGGGUUGGGCUGGUAUUAUUUGGCUUUACAGUAUUAUUUUCUACAUACCUCUGGAUUUUUUAAAAUUUGCAAUCAGAUACAUUUUGAGUGGCAGGGCCUGGAAUAAUAUGAUUGAGAACAAGGUUGCCUUCACGAGCAAGAAGGAUUAUGGUAAGGGAGAAAGAGAGGCACAAUGGGCAUUGGCUCAACGCACAUUGCACGGACUUCACCCUCCUGAUUCUGCACAGAUGUAUGACAACAAAAGCUAUAAGGAAUUGUCUGACAUAGCUGAACAGGCCAAGCGUCGUGCUGAAGUUGCUAGGCUAAGAGAGCUUCAUACACUUAAGGGGCAUGUGGAAUCAGUGGUGAAGCUUAAGGGACUUGACAUUGAGACAAUGCAGCAACAUUACACGGUUUAGUACAGCAACAGUGAUGGAAAAAGUUGGCAAGUUCCACUGGUUCAAAAUAAAGAGUUAGAAAUAAGAAUUAGAUAACUGUUUCUGGGUUCCCUCUUUCCCUUCCUUUCGUUUUUUAUGAUAUAUGCUGGGAAUAAUCCAGCAAAGAAGGUCGGAAAGCAGAGGUCUCGUAAGAGAGCUAGACAGUUUUGCUUUUAGCUUGUACUAGUAUGCUCUACUAGUUUUAACUAUUUUAAUGGUAUUUAGCCAGUUUUACAAA